GACAACCUCAGUCUAAAACUAGUCUCCACUUCCCUCCACAGAUGCUGCCUGACCCGCUGAGUUCCUCCAGCACCCAGUUCCCGAGCUCAAGAUCCCAGCACUUUGGCGUAUUGAAUUGAAUUGAAGGACACAGAAUGGGAACAGGCCCUUCGGCCCGCCGUGCCCAGCCCGUCCACCGACCGCCCGCUCAUGCUGGUUCCACGUUAUCCCGCUUCCUCGCUCGGCACAGACCGGGGCUGUGUUAAUGUUAUUGUGUCACCCAGCACCGAAACCGGCCCUUCGGCCCAACUCCCGCCUGCUGGCCCAUCCGAGCGAAUUCCACUGGUUGGGUGGCUUCCAUUGAGGACCCAACUCGUCCAGAGGGCCAAGGUGUGGACCUUUCCAAUUAUUCCCAAGGAUAUGUACAGCAAUUCGUUCUUCCCCCGCACAAUUCAAGCAUGGAAUAAUCUUCACCCUACCAUAGUUACCCAACUAGAUGCAACUACAUUUAAGGUAGCUCUUUCUUCCCAAAAAACCCUUUUAUGUCCUUCCCUCCACCACCUCCAGUUUAAAUUCCAUUUGGAAUAUUUUGGAGGACCAAGAAACCAAGAACCAAGGCGUUGAGCCGUUGCUUCCGAGUUGGUGGGAUCUUGCUGUGCCUGGACCACACAGCACCACCGGCCCGGGUGCCAAUGGCUGCCCGCUGGGGCUGCUCCAGCCACCUGAAUGAGGACAAUGCCCGCUUCGCCCUGCUGGCCCUGCUGAUCUGCUUCUACCUGGUUUGCGGGGCGGCAGUCUUCUCGGCCAUGGAGCGGGGCCGGGAGAAGGAAGCCCAGCGCCAGUGGCUGCAGAGGAGGGAGAACUUCAGCCGCCGGCACAACAUCAGCAGGGCCGAGCUCAGCGCCUUCCUCCGGCACUACGAGGAGGCAGGCAUGGCCGGGGUGCGGGUAGACGAGACGCGCCCGCGAUGGGACUUCGCCGGCUCCUUCUACUUCGUGGGCACUGUGGUGUCCACCAUCGGUUUCGGGAUGACCACUCCGGCCACGGCGAGCGGCAAGAUCUUCCUCAUCUUCUACGGGCUGCUGGGCUGCGCCGCCACCAUCCUCUUCUUCAACCUCUUCCUGGAGCGCCUGAUCACGGUGCUGGCCUUCGCCCUGAAGACCUGCCACGAGCGGCGGCUGCGGAGGAGCGGCGUGAGGCCGCAGCUGGACCUGCGGGAGGACGGUGGCGGGAGCGGCGGCCUCCCCGCGGCCGACAGCCUGAGCGGCUGGAAGCCGUCCGUCUACUGCGUGAUGCUGAUCCUGGGCCUAGCCGCCCUCACCAUCUCCUGCUGCGCCUCGGCCAUGUACACCCCAGUGGAGGGCUGGACCUACAUGGACUCCAUCUACUUCUGCUUCGUGGCGUUCAGCACCAUCGGCUUCGGGGACCUGGUGAGUAGCCAGAACCUGCGCUACGACCACCAGGAGGCCUACCGCCUGGCCAACUUCCUCUUCAUCCUGAUGGGGGUCUGCUGCAUCUACUCCCUCUUCAACGUCAUCUCCAUCGUCAUCAAGCAGUUCCUCAACUGCACCCUGCGGCGGUUGGCGAGCCGUUGCCGCCGCCGCCCGGGGAGGAGGCCCCUGCGGCCAGCGGGCAACGCGGUGGCACCGGGCCGGCCCAAGAUUUCGGCGGACGCCGACCCCUUCAACGAGUGCGACGGGCGGCGGCAGUCGGGGGAAAUGAUCUCCAUCAGGGACUUCAUGGCCGCCAACAAGGUCUCCCUGGCCAUCAUGCAGAAGCAGCUGAUGGAGACGGCCGGCGGGCACCCCAGGGCCGGCAGCGCAGCGGCGGCAUCCCGAGCCAACGGCUUCAGUGAAGGAGUGGGGGCGCUAGCCAUCAUGAACAACAGGCUGGUGGAGACCAGCGUGGACAGAUGACCCAUCCUCGCCCCCCUGGCCUGCUCCCUUCAAUGAAAUCAUUUAGUUUAGAGACACCGCGUAGAAACAGGCCCUUCGGCCCACCGAUCACUGAUCCCCGCACACUACACCCACUAGCAACAAUUUACCAAGCCAAUUAACCUACCAACCUGUACUUCUCAAGAGAGAGAUAGAUAGGGCUCUUAAAAAUAUCAGGAGAUAUGGGGAGAAUGCAGGAACGGAGUACUGAUUGUGGAUGAUCAGCCAUGAUCACAUUGAAUGGCAGUGCUGGCUCGAAGGGCCGAUUGGCCUACUCCUGCACUUAUUGUCUAUUGUCUACUGUCUUUCGAGUAUGGGAGGAAACCAAAGAUCUCAGAGAAAAGGACGUUGUUUUAGGAAGGAGAUGAGGAGAAAUGUCUUUAGUCAGAGGGUGGUGAAUCUGUAGAAUUCUUUGCCGCAGAAAGCUGCAGAAGCCAAGUCAGUGGAUAUUUUUAAGGCAGAGAUUGAUAGAUUCCUGACUAGUACAGGUGCAGAGGUUAUGGGGAGAAGGCAGGAGAAUGGGGUUUGGGAGGGAGAGAUAGAUCAGCCAUAAUUGAAUGGUGGAGUUUACCUGAUGGGCCGAAUGGCCUAAUUCUACUCCUAUUCCUUACCACCUUAAAUCCCGCGCAGGUCACGGGGAGAACGUACAAAAUCGGUACGGAUAGCGCCCGUAGUCAGGAUUGAACCCGGGUCUCUGGCGCUGUGAGGCAGCAACUCUAACGCUGCGCCACCGUGCCAUCCAGUAAACACAUUAAAUAUUGCUGGAUUAUUAUCCACCGUCAACGUUAAUAUUUUACCCCCCCCACCCCCUCCCGUGACCAAAGGGGAGGGAGGGAUGAGAGGUUAAAGGGCAGGCUAUUUGUUCAGUCACCUUCACAUUUAAAAUCAUGAGGGGAAUAGAUCGGUCUGCACGAUGGUGCAGCGGUAGAGUCUCCCCGUGACCUGCGUGGGUUCUCUCCGGGUGCUCCAGUUUCCUCCCACACUCCAAAGACGUGCUGGGUUUGGUAAGUUAAUCGGCUUCUGUAAAUUGUCCCCAGUGUGUGUAGGAUAAUGCUCAUGCACGGGGUGGUCGCUUGUCGGCGCGGACUCGGUGGGCCGAAGGGGAGCAGGCAGGAAAGGGGAAUGAUUGGGGAUGAUCAGCCAUGAUCACAUUGAAUGGCGGUGCUGGCUCGAAGGGCCGAAGGGCCUACUCCUGCACCUAUUGUCUAUUGUCUAUUGUCUUUGGAGUGUGGGAGGAAACUGAAGAUCUCGGAGAAAACCCACGCAGGAGAGGGGGAGAACGUACAAACUCCGUACAGACAGUGCCCGUGGUCAGGAUUGAACCUGGGUCUCCGGCACUGCCAGCUCUGUAAGGCAGCAACUCUACCGCUGCGCAACUGUGAUCCCACACGUGCGCUGUCCAACAAACCUACGCCUGAACCAACUCCCAUCCCACCCAAACUUUGAUGUUGGCGUUGGGAUGAUAGAUCCAUCUUGCUCCUCAAAGGGUUGCAAUCCCUUUGAGCGGAAGAAGAGGCAGGAGGUCCAGCGAUGGGAGAAGCGGCGGUGGACAAAUCCGUGCCAUGAGCAUCUCAUCAUCAUUAUCGGCGGUCACUCAAAACCAGUAUGACUGUCCUCUCAUGGAGGACGCCUGUGCGUGACUUUGUUUAACGUGGGGAGACUGGUGCACAGACAGCCACCCCACGGUCCUUGACAGAUCUGGGUCAGGAUCCAGUGGCAUGGAGUCCAAGACGACCGGAGACCCUUUUCUGCUGCAGUCUUCAUCCGCCUUCCCAGCCGUUGUGACGCUCCACUAAGGUCAGCCAUCGUCCUCCGCCUGUUCCACCGUUGAGGUCUUGGUUGGAUUGCUCUUUGUCAGAGACCUCCCCCUCGACCUUACCGCCAUGGGUGGCCCUACCAGGAGCAUCGCUCCAGACGGCAUCGCUCUCAGGAUCUCAGGACCACACAAGCUUCUCCACCACGGCAAGGUGACAAUCCACGGAGAAGGAUGAGCAGCGGAUGAGCGUGUUGGCUUUCAAUUUACACGGACUUCCACUCACAUCACCACCAGAACAUGACCUUUGAGGGAGAUAAAGAUAAAACAAGCUGGCGAGCUCAGUAAACAAGUUGCUUAUUCAACCGUUUCCAUGGAAACAGGACAAUUAGAGGCUCUUAAUAAACACUGACAAAGGAAUGUUUUCAACAGAUUCUGGGGGAGGGGGGUUCAUCUAAAAAUGGCAACUUUAAUUAAGUGUUUUUUUUAAAACUUGACGUGCUAUUUCUGCAGGUGCAGAGACGGUAUUAAAUCGAUUAGUUACAAGGGAUUAUUUGUGAAAUUUGUUCCUUUCUAUUGUUCCACUUGCUCCUCCACAGCUUCGCCCACUCUGCCCACUGCCAUGGAGGUUAACUCUUCAUGUGCCAGCAGCUACCUCAACAAACUUGAGCUAAGAAACUUUCUUGCUAUUGAGGGAGUGCAGCGCAGGUUUACAAGGUUAAUUCCCGGGAUGGCGGGACUGUCAUAUGCUGAGAGAAUGGAGCAGCUGGGCUUGUACACUCUGGAGUUUAGAAGGAUGAGAGGUAAUCUCAUUGAAACAUAUAAGAUUGUUAAGGGU